UGGAGACGUUGAAUUUGACACACAAUGAAAGGAGAUCUUUGCGUGGCUCAUCAUGCAGCGUCGCGCAAUUCUUUUUUCACAAAUAGGUCGCGAGAUGAAGUAUAUGUCUUGUUUUAGACGACGUCUUCUUCGAGGAACCAUAUAGAAACAAGUUUUUAUGUCGGAUUUAGAAGCUUCCAGAAAUCGGCAGGAGAUGACGGGAUUACAUUUCUAUAUGCAACGUUGUCGCUGCCAUUAACAAGAAACGUUUUGUUUUGGUGUUUUUUUUUCGUAUGCUGUGCUUUUCUGCUGUCUACCCACAUACGACCACGACUGCUUCAAGAAUUAACUGUGAGGAGAAAUUAAUGGAGCUCGGUUAACUUUAGCGCGAGCGCUAAUUUACGUUUGGCAGUUCACCGACUUGUUUUAUAUAGGCAUCAUACAGGCAGGUGUGCUGCCCAAACAGUGUAGGUUAGAUUUGAUCAUCUGUGAACCGCGGGACGCGCUCCGCUUUCCACCGUAGAUAAUAUACAUACGUUACAGCGCACUGUCAAUAUGGUGGCCAACGCAAUCCACUGGUUCCGAAAGGGACUAAGGCUACACGACAACCCGUCUUUAAGGGACACGAUUCGGGUAGCUCACAGUUUACGCUGCAUCUACAUCCUGGACCCUUGGUUUGCAGGCUCGUCAACCGUGGGCAUCAAUAGAUGGAGGUUUUUGUUACAUUGCUUGGAGGACUUAGAUGCCAGUCUGCGUAAAAUCAAUUCCCGCCUCUUUGUAAUUCAAGGUCAGCCCACAGAUGUUUUCCCCAGACUAUUCAAGGAAUGGCAGAUAACUCAUCUGUCUUACGAAUAUGACUCGGAGCCUUUUGGCAAGGAACGGGAUGCUGCUAUUCAAAAGCUAGCCACCGAGGCGGGGGUUGAGGUCAUGGUGCGGAUUUCGCACACCCUCUAUGAUCUAGACAAGAUCAUAGAAGUGAAUGGCGGUCAACCUCCUCUCACAUACAAGCGCUUCCAGGCUCUCAUAAAUUGCAUGGAUGCUGUGGACUCUCCGGCAGAGACUAUCACAACACAAGUCCUCAAAAAUUGCACAACACCCAUCAGUGAUGACCACGACGACAAGUUUGCAGUGCCUUCACUUGAAGAACUUGGUUUUGAGACUGAGGGCCUAAAAACAGCAGUUUGGCCAGGUGGAGAAACAGAAGCCCUCUUGAGACUAGAGAGACAUCUUGAGAGAAAGGCCUGGGUCGCAAAUUUUGAGCGUCCUCGAAUGAGCGCCAACUCGCUCCUGGCAACUCCUACAGGCCUCAGCCCCUACCUUCGCUUUGGAUGCCUGUCUUGCCGACUUUUCUAUUUCAAGCUUACUGACCUGUACAUGAAGGUUAAAAAGAACAGCACGCCACCACUCUCCUUGUAUGGCCAACUGCUAUGGAGGGAGUUCUUCUACACGACCGCUACCAACAACCCGUGUUUUGACAAGAUGGAGGGAAACCCUGUAUGCGUCUUGAUCCCCUGGGAGCGAAACCCAGAGGCGCUCGCCAAAUGGGCAGAAGGACGGACAGGCUUUCCUUGGAUAGAUGCAAUUAUGACCCAGCUGAGGCAGGAGGGUUGGAUCCACCAUUUGGCCCGACACGCUGUGGCCUGCUUCCUCACCAGGGGAGACCUCUGGAUCAGCUGGGAAGAAGGCGUGAGGGUGUUUGAAGAGUUGCUGUUAGAUGCGGACUGGAGUGUGAAUGCUGGCAGCUGGAUGUGGCUUUCUUGCAGUUCCUUUUUCCAGCAGUUUUUCCACUGUUACUGUCCUGUGGGCUUUGGGCGACGUGCAGACCCCAACGGUGACUACAUUAGGCGUUAUUUGCCCAUCCUGAGAGGCUUUCCAGCCAAAUAUAUCUACGAUCCAUGGAAUGCCCCAGGGGAACUACAGAAGGCUGCCAAGUGUGUCAUCGGAUUGCACUACCCAAAGCCCAUGGUGAACCAUGCCGAGGCCAGCCGCGUCAACAUAGAGCGGAUGAAGCAAAUUUAUCAGCAACUUUCCUGCUACAGAGGACUAUGUCUGCUGGCAACAGUCCCACAUAAUCACAACAGCAGGACAAAUGAUAAUGCGGGAGGAGUCAACCCAGGAACUAGUCAAGGACCAGAAGGCUCCUCAGAAGACGCAUCAAUCCAGAAGGGAACAUCUCAAGCAGGUGCUUUGAAUGCAGAGAAAGGGCGGUCAAGGCAGAAGCGACGGAGUGAAGAAAGCCAAGCCAAGAGCAACUCCAAAUCCCUAAGGCUAAACAAAUAGUGUUGCAAAAGACAAAAUACAAAGAAUCCCUCAGUCAGCCUGAAUGGCAUCUUCCUCCAUUGGGCCUUCAGCUCUUUCUAAUUUACUGGAACUGAAACUGCCCUUGGCGGAGUCUCAGUGGGGAGUCAUGGAUUCAGAUCCCUGCGUUACUGAAAAUUUGAAAGAAUACCUUUCAGACACAAGUACUACAGGACAGUCGGUUAUUAGCACGAACUAUUCUCCUUAUAAGACAUUCUGGGAAUUUUG